UGCUGUCAGUUAGUCCUUUCAAAACAAAACUUCACCAGAAGUAAACACGAGUGCGUGUUUGAGAAAACACAUUUUCCACUAAAAUCCUCGUAAAAUCGAAGAAAAUUUGUGUUCCGCAAUAGCCAACAACUCGCACAGCAUUAGAAUCACAUCGUGAAAAUGGGCAAAAAGAAGUUUAUCGACAAAAAGAAAGCGGUCACAUUUCGAUUGGUGAACCGCAGUCAGCAGGAUCCGCUCUACGUCGACGAAACGGCCCCUCAGCAUGUGCUGGUUCCGAUUUCGGCACCCGGCAAGGGAGAUCCUCGCUCCUUCGCAAGUGCAAUGCGUCCGUCCAGUUCCGCUGGCCAGAUGGACACAGAAAAGCGCAAAAAAGAACAGGCCAAAUUCGGUGUCUACUUCGACGAUGACUACGACUAUCUGCAGCACUUGCGGGAACCCGGCCGCAACGAAGUGUACUGGGAACCGGUGGAACCCGCCAAAACCGCCGGGGCCGAGAAAGUUAGCAUCAAAUUGCCCAGCUCGGUGUUUGCUUCGGAGGUGGAAGAGGCGGAAGGUCUCACGAAGAAGAAGGCACAACAGCGUCCGGGUCCACGACCGGAUUGGGACCCAGACGUAGUGGCUGCCCUGGAUGAGGACUUCAACUUUGAAGAUCCCAAUAAUGAGCUGGAGGAUAAUUUUAUGGAACUGGCCAUGGGCGGAGAGGGUGCCGAAGACGAUGAGGAUUUCUUCGACGAAGAAGACGAAGAUGGGGAAUACAGCGACGUUGAUUCUAACGAUGCGGCAAUGUCGGACGACGAUGACGAAGAACGGGACGGAUUGGGACCGUUGGCUUUCGAUCGGGAAGAAACCAAAUCCAGAUUCACAGAGUACUCCAUGAGUAGUAGUGUGAUCAGGAGAAACGAACAGUUGUCGCUGCUCGAUGAUCGGUUCGAGAAGUUCUACGAACAGUACGACGACCCGGAACUGGGCGCCCUGGAUUGCGAAGACAUUGAAGGCCAUGUGGAGAUCAACGAUAGUGUGCUGCUGCAGUAUGCCGAAGAGUAUCGGAAGGAGCGGGACGAGAAGUACGAUGUGGAUUACGAUAAGCAGUGGGACAAAGAAAGGUAGGUGGAUUGACAGCAA